UCCCUCUUUCACCCGCCUCGCCUGAGACAAGAAGCCAGUCUAGAGAGGCGCGCCUGGGAGCCGCGCCGUGUGCGUCUUAGAAAGAGCCGGGCAGGGCGACAGAGAGAGAGAGAGAGAGAAGGGAACGCGGCGCGCCGGGGAUUUCCAGCCUGGGCUUUUAGGAGGAGGGCGGGAGAGGAAGUGCGGGGUGGGGUGAGAGGGAGAGAAAGAGAGAGCCGGGGCAGCGCACCAGGGACUUUCCAGACAGCCGCGUUUGGUUGGGCUGCUGCAGGAGCAGCAGCAGCCGUGGUCGGUGGGAUUGAAGGCGACGGCUCUUCCCUUCUCUUUCACACACCCCCUUCCCUUCCUCGGGCGGAGCGAGCGAGCGCGAGGGUAGUAAGCAGGUAGGGAAGAGAGAGCGGCUGGCGGGCUGUUGCUCUCCUCUAGGCAGAGGCGGGAUUCGGGGGUCCCCUAAGGGUGAAGGCGUCGGCAUCGGCUGAAGGGAUUUUGCUGUUGGCUGCUGCUGCUGCUGCAUUGGUGGCCUGGGGCUUUCUGCUGCUGCUGCUGCUGCUGGCAGGAGGGCGAAAGCUGCGUGUGUGGAGAAGGGGAGGGGGGGAGGGAGGGAGGUGAAGGCAGGAGAUCCUUUUCUCUAGAGUCACAGGCGGCUGCCCUAGGUACGGGCUGAGGGGACGUGAGAGCGGGGCUGCCUGCAUGGUGGAGCUGCCUCGGCUCCUAAGCUGGAGCUGUGAGGGCUUGGAAGGGCCAGAGCCGAGGAAGGCGCGCUGGCUCGUGCGAGCGCACGCGUGGGGAGGCGGAGGAGAGCCGCGCAGGAGUUGUCGGGGCUGCCUGAGGUGGUGGGGGUGGGGGACGACGACCCCGCGCCUCCUGCUUAGGGGCUGUUGCUUCUCUCUUCCUCCCCUCCGCGCGCUCUCGCUCGCACCCGCAACCCUCCCCCCUUUCCAGUUAAGGUAGCUUGCCACUGAAGGAGGCUGCCCGGGGACUAUGCAGGGAGGGAGUCGAUUGCUGCUUGCGCUGCUUUUGCUUCCCAGUCACUCUCCGUCUCCAUGCUCUGACUGCCAGGGGAAAGGCUGCCGCUCAGAGAGAGAUUCUUUGCUGCCGCUAUUGCUGCUGCCAGGGGUAAAUGUCUACUACUGAGCGGCUGGCUGUUCAGAUUGCUUGGCCAGACCCACGUUCAUCCUUCAAGCUGAAUGCUGCUUUCCUCCACCGCUUCAUUCUUUCCCCAUUCUCGCUUUGGAAACGGGUGUGUACGUUGCUCUUAGAGAGAGAGAGAGAACAUUUUGCAAGGCCAACCGCCCCCCCCAACCCUUAACAUCUCGGUGUUGGAAAGUGGACCAGAUCAGAAUAGCAUUGUAGCCAGUGCAGAAGAAGGAGUUGUUCUGCAGAGGACACAGCAAGAAGGAAGAUCUUGAAGAUGACUGUUGCUGUCCUCUGGAGGCUUCCCAAUACAAACAAGUAGAACUACCUCAACACUCUUUCAGAUGCUUGCUGAGUUCCACAGAUGUGGUACUGUCAGUUGUAGUCGGCUGAUAUAUGUCCAUACUGCAGAGUAACCACUCGUCUGAGACCCUUUUCAAAGAAAAUGGUAGCUGGUUGGGAAAUCAACACUUAAGAUUGAGGAACUCAAGGUGGCAUACAUGUGUGGUUCCCAGAUGAUCUCCCAUCCUGACACUGACCAGACCCAGACUUGCUUAGCUUCAGAACGGUGGUGGCUUCUUGUGCCUUCAGACCACACCCUGGACAUUGUUGUAUUUCUGAAAUUCAUAGGAGUCAACAUUUGAUGGUAUCAACUGGGAAACAUACUGAUGGUUCAUUUUUCUGUUGCCUUUUCUCCUCUGUUCAAACAUAGAUGUCCUUGCCCUUUUCCUCUGCCAUUAUACAGGCUCGAAGUAUAAGUCUCUUAGCUACCAUAAGGGCUUGGAAAAGCCACUGCUUCUCUGAAGAAAAGUAGUAUUUAUCAAUUACAACAUGGACGCAAGCAAGAAAAUAGAUCCCCCAGUGUCAGUCGAAUUGGUCCAACAAAAGGGAAAUCCUGAUCGCAGUCCUGUACCAUCCAUUUAUGUACCAGAACAAGGUGGCUACAAAGAGAAAUUUGUGAAUGCAGUGGAGGACAAAUACAAAUGUGAAAAGUGCCAUCUCAUAUUGUGCAAUCCAAGACAGACAGAAUGUGGGCAUCGGUAUUGCGAGACCUGCAUGAAUGCUUUGCUAAGCUCCACAAGUCCAAAAUGUACAGCAUGUCAAGAAACAAUAGUGAAAGAUAAGAUAUUUAAAGAUAAUUGCUGUCGGCGAGAGCUUCUUGCCCUUCAGAUAUUCUGCAGGAAUGAAAAUAAAGGUUGCAGAGAACAAUUGACCUUGGGACAGUUGCUUACACAUCUGAAAAAUGACUGUCUCUUUGAAGAGCUUCCAUGUCCACGUGUUGAUUGUAAGGAGAAAGUAUUGAGAAAAGAUUUGCCAGACCACAUAGAAAAGACCUGUAAAUAUCGGGAAACAACAUGUAAAUACUGUAAAAACCAAGUUCCAAUGAUUAUGAUACAGAAACAUGAAGAUGCAAACUGCCCUUGUGUUAUGGUUACAUGUCCUCAUAAAUGUAGUGUUUCAGCACUCCUGAGAAAAGAGUUGAAUGCACAUUUAUCAGAAUGUAUUAAUGCCCCAAGUACCUGUAGUUUUAAGCGUUAUGGCUGCAUUUUUCAGGGAACAAAUCAGCAAGUUAAAGCACAUGAAGCCACCUCAGCAGUGCAGCAUGUAGACUUAUUGAAAGAGUGGAGUAAUUGUCUAGAAAAUAAGGUGGCCAUGCUCCAGAAUGAAAGUUUGGAAAAGAACAAGAGUAUACAAACUUUACAUAAUCAAAUUUGCAGCUUUGAAAUAGAAAUUGAGAGACAGAAGGAAAUGCUGCGGAGUAAUGAAUCUAAAAUACAUCACUUACAGCGGGUGAUAGACAGUCAAGCUGACAAGCUGAAAGAACUGGACAAAGAGAUCCGUCCCUUCCGACAGAAUUGGGAAGAAGCAGACAGCAUGAAGAGUAGUGUUGAGUCCCUCCAGAACAGAGUGACUGAGCUGGAAAGUGUUGAUAAGACUGCCGGACAAGGCGCUAGAAAUGCAGGUCUUCUAGAAUCACAAUUAUCUAGACAUGAUCAAAUGCUGAGUGUUCAUGACAUCCGUCUGGCAGACAUGGAUCUUCGCUUUCAAGUUUUGGAAACAGCUAGUUACAAUGGAAUAUUAAUCUGGAAAAUACGAGAUUACAAACGUAGGAAGCAAGAGGCCGUCAUGGGAAAGACUUUGUCCUUAUAUAGUCAACCCUUUUAUACAGGAUACUUUGGCUAUAAGAUGUGUGCCAGAGUUUAUCUCAAUGGCGAUGGGAUGGGCAAAGGGACGCACUUGUCCUUGUUCUUUGUCAUAAUGAGGGGAGAGUACGAUGCAUUGCUUCCAUGGCCAUUCAAGCAGAAAGUCACCCUUAUGUUGAUGGAUCAAGGACCGUCUCGGCGCCAUUUAGGAGAUGCUUUCAAACCAGACCCCAACAGCAGUAGUUUCAAGAAGCCCACUGGAGAAAUGAAUAUUGCUUCUGGCUGUCCUGUCUUUGUUGCACAGACUGUUCUAGAAAAUGGAACAUAUAUUAAAGAUGAUACUAUUUUUAUUAAAGUCAUAGUGGAUACAUCGGACCUACCAGACCCCUGACAUACAGCAGAGAGGCAGAUUCAACAGAAGACAACUCCAUUUGGGGCUCUUUUUUAUAUCUACCUGUCUUCAAUAAGAGGUCCCUAAAGCUCAGAGGGACCACUUGUGUUAUCAGAAGGAAGCGUUUGGAGGCAUAAUUUGCAUAGGGCCCAAUGGCAAACGUAGCAACCCAUUAAGAAAUCAUACCAUGGUAUAUUUUCUAAUUAAAACUAAUAGGAACACUCCAAGUUCUGACAAGUCACUUAAUCCUCAUGAGGACAAAGAUUACAGUCAGAAAAGCUUUUCAUAAUUUAUUGAUAAUCUAAUCAGUUGGAAGGAAAAAAGACAAAGUAUCCUAUGCUGAAUAAGACAUCAAACUUUUCUUCCUUUUUAACUAGAAAACAAAAGUAAAAAGUUCACGUGUGGGUUAGCUAGAAACUGUCAGCAUGUUAAGUUAAAAAAAGAAGAAAUUAUGAAGUAACAUUGCAGUUAAAGAUAUUAUUACUUUGAAAAUCUAAGUGCAAUCUUGUCUGAAAUAUAGUAUAUUGUCUAUUUUUAAGGCCUCACCUGGUCUCUGUUUUAAAAUAAUUACUUGGUCAGAAGAUCUCGACAAAAUGUCUAGAUCUUCUUGAAAGUGUCUAAAUCAGAGUCAUAUUUUUGUUUAGAGUUCUAUUAAUUGCUACAGAAAAACAUUUUAUUUUAAAACUGUUGAUAGACUGAUAUUUCUUGGAAGAAAAAAAGAUCAAAUACAGGUUAUCACUUGUGAUAUGAAAAGAAACUAUUCAACUACAGCUGUUAUUUCUCUUUAGAAAUGUAAACCUACAAUAUAUGUCGUAGUUAAUGACACUAUUUCAAAAUUAAGAAAAAAUAAUCACUCAUGGAUGCUGUGCAUCAUUAUCAGAUUUAUAAUUUUCACCCUAAAAUAGGGCAUUUGUUGAACUUUGGAGUUCUAAACGGAAUCCUGUAUGUUUUUAAAGUUCUGCCUCAUGCGCUCAGACCAAGCUCUAUAAAAUAUAUCUAUAUAUAAUCUAUUUUUUGCUAAAGCAUAAAUGUGCAACAUAUUUUUGGUGUUUGAGAGGAGGCGUAGUGCUGAGUAAUACCUAUAUGGGAAACCUGCUAAUGAAUCCUCUACUUAAGAAUUAACUGCAUCUUACAGAGGAUAUCCGUUAGGAGAAAGCAGCGUCUUAAUGGAAAAAUGGUGGCUUGCAUGCAUUCAUGUGCCUUAGCUGUGAUGUGCUGCUUUAUAGCUCAUAGCUUUGUAUUCAGAUUUUUAUUUCAGAUUCCUGAAAUGGUCAUUUUAACUGGAUUUUAGGCAUAAUGUGCUGACUGGUCUGUAAAGCCCACCAAUAUUUUGCAGCAUAUGGAAAUAGAAGCCAAGACCUGUGCUUCUGGCUUACCAGAUAUUCCAUCAGUUCAUUGUCAGGGAAUACCUACUUAUUCAGGUGCUAUAUUUUUGUGCACGAUGCUCCUGUGGAGCUGGAACUUCUGACAGCGCCCCCUAUUUCCAAGGCAGUAGGAGAACUGCUGUGUGAUGAUGCCAUGUUUAUAGGUAGCAGAGCUAACAUCAUUUCAAAUUGGCUCAAUUCAGAACGUGUAAUAUAAACUAGUAUAUUCAGGAUGGUGGUUUUCUGGCAGAUUUGACACGUCCCUGCAGGGAAAUCCACAGGAACCUCCUAUUAUAAACUACUACCUGAGCUUUACUAAGAAAGCAUUUUCCAGCCUUUGAAUCAUGCUGAUUGCAACCCACAGAACUUACUGAUUUCUGUUUUAAUAGUCCCUUGUGUGACUAGUAAGUCUAAUGGCAUAGCUUGACUGUACACCAACCAUGUGGGUGCUGCUUUAAUUGCAUGGGUGCUGUGUAACACUAGAGUGUUCCCCUAGACAGAGCUGAUGUGCACAUGGACAAAAGAAUUGUGAUCCCUGUUCUCUAGCCAGUCAUGUUGCAUCUACUUAACUUUCCAUUAGGUAGGGUGUCAUAGCCAGAGUUCAUGUCUAGGGCUCAGUUGAAUUUUCAUGUCAUUGUAGUUAAGUUACUUGCUCUUGCCAUUGUCUUUUAUGGCUGUGCCUUCCCACGCAGUGCCUGCCAGAGGUAUUUUUCUGUUAAUAAAUAUACAGUGCAUGCUGAGUGAUCCUCAUGGGGGGGGUUUCAGGCACCUGCUUGAAUACUGCCUGCUGUUUGGCAGCCAAAGCAUUCAGUAGCAACAUGUCUUCCUCUUCUUGCCUUCCAUUGUUCAAGUACUGUAUUUUCUCUUAUGGUACUAAUUAGCUGUCAGCUGGUACAAAUUAAUGUAAGAAGGCAAGUGGUAAAUUUUUAGCUCUGAUAUGGAAGGAAGACUUCUUGCCGAAGAUAUACCUGGUGCAGUUUUAUGCAGGCUGAUGUAAACCCAUCACCUUCUGCUUUAGAGGAAAAUGUUAAGUCAGCUUGUGGUACUCUUCUAAUAGUCAUGAAUGUAGGCAGCUGAGCUUUUGUAUCUGCAUUACAGAAUUUUACUGAAAACAGGAUUCCCUAGUGGAAAUGUCCAAAGGGCUCACCUCUUCAUUGCUAUUAUGUCAUGGACAUUUUUACAGAUGUGAUCUUCUACGAACAGCUUAUGUCCUGUUUGAAUAUGACACUGUUAGAGAUCAGUUGUUACAACCCAGACCCUAUGCAGUGCAGCAUUCCUUUUAAAAAUAUCUCUUAUUUUUAAAACCCUUGAAAAUGUGAAUGGAGUAGAAAAUGCAGUUUGUUUUCCCUGAGUCUGUAAAUGUCUGCAUUUUUGCUUAUAAAUUCAGUCAACUCACUGAUAUAUACCUAAGUCACCAACUUUCCAAAGCUUAAAUCUUGUUGGGCUAUAGCUUAAUUAGGACUGGUGCAUUUCAGUCAAACUUACUACAAUUAAACAAAACCAAACAUCAAGAGUAAAUACAGCACUAGCUAUGGUUUUGUUGCUAUAAUUAUUUUCCCCCACUGGAUUUUUUUCCUUGCCAUUCUCAUAGAUCAAUACAACUGGUAUAACUCAUUGUGCAGAUUCUCAUAGAUGUUAAAAGAAUGAUCACACAAUACACACAAGAAGAAAAGAUGUAGAUCAAGACAGAAAGAAAAGGUGCUGGGGGGAGUUUUGGCCCACAAUGCCAUUCACAACAAGCAUGUCCACUGAGUGCAAGGUUAACUUGUUCCACAUGGAUGGGUUUUUGCUCUUCAGAAGGAUUCAACAGGAACUGCAUUACCAUCACUUUCUCUGUCGUUCACUGAUGUUUUAAGUAUGGGCACAGCAAGCAAGCCAGCUCUUGGCAAAAUCAUAUAUGGCUCAGGCCGCUCAGCAUUAAUCUGAGGCAAAUUGUGUAGCCUGCUCUGUUAACAUUCUCUUUGGUGCUCUCUUUACUAAAGAUGUGAGCCCAAAGUUCCAGAGCCUGCCAAAAUAUCUGUUGGUUCAUAUAAUAAAUCCUGAUUUACUCACUUUUUUGACAACUCUCCACGGUAAAUCUAGCUGCUGUGUCAUGCAUGAUCCCAGUUUGAGGAGGAAACAGUUUUUGUGAAAUCCAGAUAGGUUUAAUCUCUGAAGUUGCAACCUACAAAUAAGUAGGAUUUUAAUUAAUUGUGUAUGACUUAUUUUUUCCCUUUAUUUUUCCUUCCUCAAGUUCUCAGAAUUAUUUACAUUUGUGUUCCAUCUCAAAAGCUCAAGUUGGUAAUAAGAUACCUUAAAAACCAAUCUAAAUAAAGCAUAACGAAUAUUAUCCCCCUCUUGAUAGCCAAAAGCAAGUCCAAAUGUAAAGGUCUUAAAAUGGUUCUAAAAGAUGCUCUAAUGUUGUCAGGACUCUAUAGUUGAGUGAGGGGGCAUAAUGCAAAAUCAUACCUGCCCCUCUGUUGCCUUGUAGGACUUUUGAUGGUGUAUGGGUCAUAAACUAAGAAUGUGCUGUUACUUGGCUUUGAGUCAUGAUGGGACAUAGAGGCUGAGACAGGUAAUGAGAUGCCUUCUAUAAAAGCAUCUCUCACGGGGGAGGAGGAAGAAAGUCAAAAGGUACUACUAAGUUUUUUAUUGCAAAUUAAUUGAUAUGUCAAAUAGACAUUCUAGCAUUUUAGUGGUGCCUCUUGGGUUCUUUUGCUCUCUUGCUUGAGACUGUUGGUUAGUGUCACCCUUCUGCUCUGCUGCACCUCCACUGAUAACACCAGAGUUGCACUGGGAUCACUGGGAUCCACGGUGUUUUGUCUCGCAAAGCAAGUGUAUAAAAUUCAGCAUUAAAAGUACAGUUCUGGCCAUUGGUCUGUUCAUGAACUCUUAACUAAGCACAGCCCCAAUGCUGCUGUUCUUUUUUCUUUCCGCCUACAUUUCAAAGCAGCUUUGGUUUCUCACAUUUAACAAAGCACUUUCGACUGUCACAUCAAAUAAUUUUGUAUCUCAUGUAUCUACCCCAUUUGCUAUCUUUUUUUAAAGUCUCAAAUCCAAACAGGAAUAAACUGUUCCAGUGCCUAAAGAUCAAUGUGUGAUCCUUCUUCUGCAUGACCAUAUUUGCAGUGUUUCUCUGUUAAUUUCAUUUCAGCUAUUGUCUAUGACACAAGUCUUAAGUAAGAUGUUGGAGGCUUAUAUGCAGCAUUGAUUUUCAGCCUUGUACUGUAACUUUCAUUGUUCUUGAGAGGAAUGUAGAAUAGGAAGAAAAUAAUUGGAGGUAUGGCUUUACAAAUUAUGGAAUGUAAUAGAUCUCUUAAACUUUAAAAGUGUGAUGCACUCCAGUUCCUUUAUAAAAGUUGGUUUCCCCACAAACUGGGAAAGGGAAACUUUGGAGAUAUGGAAUGUUUGGUUUUCCUGGCCAAUCUUUAUAAAUCCAAAUAGAGAUUUGGUUGAAUGAUUGGGAUUGUAUUGCUCAAAAUACUACCAUUUGGUCCUGCUUACAGGAAACUUUGAAUGGGUUUUUAAAACCUCACCUAUUUUCAUCUUUUUUCCAUCAUGCUGAGCAGGCAUUUCACUGGUAAACCAGCCUCUUAAAAAUAUUGAUUGGUGCACACAAAGGCUGAUAGACAGUGGUAACUACAGAAGAUAUUUUCUGCAUCUUGAUGACAAAAGUUCCAAUAACUCCUGUAGUCUUGAUGCCUUCAUUUAUGCAAACUAUGCAAAUGUAUAAAUAGGUGGGUAGAUUUUAAAAACAACAACUUGGCAAUUUAUUUUCAGGUAUGGACCUAAUCACGUGGCAUAUGCCUGAAUUAUUCUAAGCAUGCAUUUUCUCUCUGUCUCUCGCACAUGCUGAAGCUGCUCCCCAGCUGCUCUUUAAAGUCCUUUUAUAGGGAGAGGGACAAUAGUUCAGAGGGAGAGCUCAUGCUUUGCAUGCAGAAGAUCCCAGAUUAAGUCCCUAGCAUUUCCAUCUAAAACGGGUGGGGAACCUCAGGCCCAAGGGCCAAAUGCAGCCCUCCAGAGUUCUCUGUUUGGCCUUUGGAAUUAUCCCCAGGCACACCCCUCACAAGCUCUGCUUCACACCCAUUCAUUGCUCCACCCAUUUUUACCAUUGGAAGGUUGCCCAGAAGGCAGUGCAGCCCUUGGGUUGAAAAGUUCCCCAUCCUGAUCUAAAAGGGCCAGGUAGCAGGUGACUUGAAAGAUCUCUGCCUGAGGUUCUGUAGAGCUAAUGCAAGUCAAAAUACUGGACUUGCUGGACAAAUAAUCUAACCUGGUUAUAAAGCAGUUUCCUUUGUUCCUGGUACAAAAAUGGGAGGACAGGGAGAAAUAGCUCAUUUGCAGAGGCAUUGUUGUCCUUUUGGAAAGCAUUUGUGCCAAGUCCAAGAAGACUUUUAAAACAAGUGACUGGGAUGGUGGUUUGCAGUUCUGUGAAGAUAGCUCGUGAAAGAAACCUUUUUUUGGGGGGGGGAAUUGGUGCUCACACACUUUAAUAGAUCAUAGCCUUAGUUUGCUAUAAAUUGUGUAUUCUGUUUCUCCAAGGAACAAAAUAAAAGCUUUAAAAUUACCGAAUUAGUCCUUGUCUGGUAACCAGUUAGCUCCCACUCCCCUUGCUGUACAUGUUGGGCUCAUAGAUGUUAGUAAGCCCUCAGUUUGGGCAAUGAAUGCCUGGAACAUGGAAGUUCAGCUUUGCCUAGAGUGAAAUAGCAGCUUGCUUGCUUCUUUGAAACACCAGUAUGUGAAAAUCGAUGGAGGGCCAUAGAGGAUCACGAUGCUAGAUAGAGACAGUAAGACUAGGCAGAUCAAAAUGGGAAUAUGAGGGACAAAAAUAAGCAAACUGGCAGUGUGUGAAUGUCUACCAGCUUCCACAGUUAACUGUGUUUAGUACUCUUCACUGUUACCAGUCUGAAACUAGUUAUUAAAGCCAAUGAAUCUGGGAUUUCACUCUGUUUAAAAUACCAACUCUUGGUGCUUGGUGCAUCUUUCAUUUGUGCACUGCUUUACAAAUAUCAUUCAAGCCUCAAAAUAAGAAUUGCUUAUUUAUGUAGAAAUUGAAUGUUACACGGAGAAAAAGCCUGUGUUGGUGCUAUAUGGGAAACACGGGCUCUUACCUCCUUGUGCUACUUUCAGGCCACUGAAGCAUACUUUUUGAUCUCACACCCAUUAAGAAGAGGGACAAGGAACCUGCUAUACAGUUUGUAACGUCUAUAACUGACAUAUCAGCUGUCAUGCUUUGGGAAUAUUUUUGUGAUGUGAUAACUCAAGUGUCCACAUUCGAACGUCCCUUUUACUCUUUGGAACUGAUGAGAUUCGUGAGAAGCUUGACAUGCAUAUCCUCACAUGUGCCCAGUAACAAAGAUAACCUGUGUCUUGGUUUUAUAAAAACUUCUGAUACAGCAAUUUGUGUUCUUUGUUUUGAAGGAUUAAGUUUUCAAGGGCUUUAUUGGACAAGAAGAACUAAAAGAAAUAUUUUUAAGUGCAUGACUUAAUUCUGAUUCUGUCAACUUUUGCACUGUGAAUACUUUAAUUAUGUAUUUUAAACAAAACAUAUUGAGGGCUUUACUAUUACUUCCUGCCUUUUAAUUCAAGGGUCACUUCCAACAUAACAUUGUUGCAUCCAUGGCAUGGUUACUGAAAUGUAUUCCCAAGGGAUAUGUUUAUGCUAUCCAUGCAAUUAUGUUGUAAGAAUUGGCCAUCCACUGAACUUUCUCAUAAAUUACUUGUAUUGGUGAGUUUCAUGCUUCAGCCUCUGCUCGUAGAAUCACUGGCCCAUUCUGAUACUAUUUUCUAUACAUGCACCCUUGAGAAUAAUUUAUUCAGGUGCCAUCCUUCAGAUGCACAAUAUUAUACUGGAACUGAUCCUGAGUCUUGGUUGAGACCAGCACUAGUUAGAGAAAAGUGGACGUAUGUGUAAGGAUGCAGAUUAGUGGCAUCCUUUAUUGUUUUGAAGCAGUGAUACACCGUGAAAUGGAUCUAUUUAAUUCUAAAUUAUCUUCUAACAUAUUGGCAAGCCUAUGUAGCUUUUUGUCUUCCACUUCAUGAUAUUUUGAAGCCCUGGUCCAAAAUGUUUGUUUAUACUUCUGGCAUAAUGUUGAUUUUGACUUGCUGGACUAGCAAACAGUGCACUCUAUUCCAAGCAAUGAUCUCCAAAGUAUAUCAAAGCUUAGGAUCAGGGAACAAUGGUCAGUAUUCAAUUAUUUUUAAUUGUGAUAAAUUCCUUUGGAUUCAUGCUAACACUUUACAUUUUGUAGACAUGCAGCUUGAACUAGUAUCCCAUUAUGCUUUUGAAAUUAAGAUUGGGAUUUCCUCCGUAACUCUGCUGAUUAGAUUCAUCCACCCAUUGAGUAAGGGAGAAAGGUUGUUUUUGUCCUUAAGGAAAAAACUAUAACUUGAGUUGCCAGUUCUGCAAGGACUUUUAACUUCUUUUAAAAAGUCAAUACUGGCUACAGACUGUUUGAUAAACUGGUUUCUUUUUUAAAAUUAAACCAUCAUUACCUUAAUGAAAGAUCUCAUUCCUUGCAGAGAGUAGUCUGAACUUUGAAUUGGGCUGCUUCUUGUGAGCAAAACAUUUUCCAACCAUGACUGUUUCCACUGGUAGAGAGUUUUUGGUACUUGUAGAAUAGGAACGCUUCUGCUAUUGCCAAGGCACUGAAUCAUCCACAUAGUAUUAUUUUCCAUGUAGCUCUCUACAAUUUAUAUCUACUGCAUUUUGUAUGAAUAUAAAGAAAUAUAUAAUUCCCCCUUCCCCAACUGUGAUCCCGAAACCUCCAGGUAUUUAGAGAUAAAUAAGGGAUGUUAGGGACACCCCCAUGCAGAAGUGAUGGGUGAUGAAUCCAUUCUUCUUUAGGACAAGUAGGAUAACCUUUUAACAUCCAUAAAAUGCAAUUUAUUGAAUGAGAUAGAAAAAAUGGGCAUCCUUUUCCAAGAAGAAAUAUCUGUUGAAAAUAAUCAUGAACUGUGUACAAAUCAGUCUGUAUAAAACUUGUAUGACUUCUUUUUAUUUCAUAUUCUUUGGUAAAUGGUACAUUGGUUGUUAUGUUCAGUUUUCUGAUCCAGAAACAAAGACCAAAGAAGGCCAACCUCAUUUGAUUGUGUAUAUUCUGCCUGUCUUAAUUAUUGAUAGCUAUAAAGGAUACAGUGCAAGUAAGUGAAUCUGGUAACCAAUGGUUUUUGUAUGUUUUUUUUAAGGAAAGGAACCUUUAAAGUGUAUAAUUUAUUGCUCAGCAAUACCCAUGUUGUUAAUAAUGAUUAGCAACGUGUCCUAAUUUCCCAAUAGCAUUAUUAUAUGUUGUCCUUCAGUUGGUUGUAUUGUUAUUUGGUAUUUAUUUGUGUUUGAAGGUCUUGCUAUGUCUUGUGUUUUGAUGCUAAUGAGAACAGUGUGUAGAAUGCAAAACUUUGAAAUGCUGAACUGUAUUAAAAGGAAAAAAAUAAACCUAA